AUGAGAACCCUCUGGCUGAUGCCCCUGUUGGGGCUCUGCUCAACAUCCAUCGCGAGACGUAACGAGCAGGUGGAUGACAUCCUCCGAUGGAUACAUGGCCCGACUCCGGAUACUGCACCAUGGACCGCCCAAGACGGCGGAUCUCCGGAAAAGCCUUCGACAAACGUUCACGCCAGGUCAUCGGCAGGGUACCGGUUUCUCAACCGUUCCACUGAGAAGUUUGCCGUAAACGGAACAAAUGUACCAGAUGUUGCCUACGACGUUGGAGAGUCUUACGCCGGCCUGCUUCCCAUUACCGAUAUGAAGGACGAGCGCGACCACUUGUACUUUUGGUUCUUCCCGACCGUCAACGAAGAACACAAGGAGAAGAAGGAAAUUGUCGUUUGGCUCAACGGAGGACCCGCGUGCUCCUCCCUGCUCGGCUUCCUUCAAGAAAAUGGCCCCUUUCUCUGGCAACCGGGCACGCGGAAGCCGGUGAAAAAUCCGUGGAGUUGGCAUGAGCUCACCAACGUCGUGUGGAUUGAGCAACCCGUAUCCGUUGGCUUCUCCAAGGGCACGUCAACAGUAAAGAACGAAGACGAUGUCGCUCGGCAGUUCAUGGGCUUCUGGAAGAACUUCGUCGAUACCUUUAGCCUGCAGGGUUAUAAGGUGUACAUUGCAGCUGAGUCGUAUGGAGGCAUUUAUGGCUCAUUCAUAUCGAGCCACAUGAUCAACGCCAACGACAGCAAGUACUUUGACGUCGGUGGCAUGAUCAUCUACAACGGCAUUGUUUUUGAUGAAAUGGUCCAGUCCAAUGUCAUUAUACCAAGCUUUGUAGAGCAGCACCACAACCUGCUAGCCCUCGACGACGCGACAAUGCGGCAGAUUCGCACGACAUCCGAAGCGUGCGGCUUCGGGGCCUAUGAACGAAAGUAUCUAACCUAUCCACCUUCCGGACCGGCGCCAAUAUACCCGCCGCCCGGACAAGUACCCCCCAACGGCACGGUGCAGGCCGAUUGUGAAUCCCUCUUCUACUUCAUCUACACCAAGGCCGUUGCCGCCAACCCUUGCUUCAGUGUAUACAACAUAGGAGACCGCUGCCCGAAGGUGCACGAUCCGCUCCUCGAGGAGCCGUACUUUGAUCGUCAGGACGUCAAAAUGGCCAUUAACGCGCCCCUCGACGUGAAGUGGUCGCGAUGCACACGGCAAGUCUUCAACCUCUCUCACAUGGACGAGUCCCUGCCGCCCGGAAACUACGAGCUGCCCAAUGUGAUCGAUCGGACCAAUAAUGUGAUACUCGCACACGGAUUCAUGGAUGCCGUCCUUCCUCUCAACGGUCUCCUGCUGGGCAUACAAAACAUGACAUGGGGGAGCCUCCUUGGUUUCCAGACGAGACCGAGCGACCCAUUCUACGUGCCCCUCUACGGCUUCGACCAUGGCAGAGGAAAGUACUAUGGCGAGAGCAACCCGGGGGGCUCGGGCGUCGUCGGCACCUCUCACCACGAGCGCGGACUCACCCUUGUUGUAACACAGCUUGCCGGGCACCAGGGUCCCGCCUCCGCGCCGGCUUCUGCCUUUCGCCACCUCGAGAAACUCCUGGGUAGGGUACGCAACCUGAGCAGCGCAAUACCCUUCACUCUCCCUGGGCUUUUGAACGUGACACAGAUGACGGAACCGCUGGGCAAGGGGACAGUUGCUAUCCCGUGCAUGGAAAGGGGCUGCUGA